AUGUCGACCAGAGGAUCAAACGCUAGAAGUGAAAUUGAGUGUGUCAUGCGGUCCAUGCGACGGGCAGGAGAACAGCCGUGGCCUUUUAUCCGGGGCAUCCGACGCUGGGCCGGCGUGUGGCUUGAGGAGGAGGAGGAGGAGGAGCAACUGUGGAUCGCAAGGGAUUGGGCCCGACUCCGCGGUUUCGUAAUUAGUGUGCGCACAGCUGAGGCGUCCGUCGAUCCACGGGGGAAGCGACGAAGCCGCGAAGAAUAA